AUGUCGUUCCUCCUCCGUCGGCGCCAUGCUACUGCUACCUUUAUCAGCCUCCGUCCUAGAAUGCUCUCCACGCUUCCGCGUUUACCGCUCUUCGAAGCGGUUUCUAAACAUGACCCCGACUCCAAAGCCGUCGUCCACUCUAUCUCCGGUCGAACCUUCAAGUAUGGAGAGCUUCUGGGUGAUGUGAGUCGUGCAAGGGAUCGCAUUUCUGAAGCUUCUGGUCGGCAAGAUCUCAAUGGGGAGCGUAUUGCUUUCCUUGUUGAGAAUAGCUAUGACUACGUAGUGACGCUCCUGGCCGCAAUGGCUGCGCGUUCCAUCGCUGUGCCUCUAUCUCCUGCAUUUCCUGCGCCAGAACUACAAUAUAUCCUUAACCAGAGCGAAGCUUCAUUGCUGGUCUCUUCUCCAAAAUUCGCAUCAAAAGCUAAAGAAGUUCUUGCAACGGAGCUAAACACCAAACCAUCGCAUCUCGAGCUUCAAAAGCAUCAAGGUGGGGGUAAUCAUGAAAAGGUCGAGCUAGGUGAUGCCGAUCCUGGUGAAGCUGGUAUGAUGCUAUAUACUUCAGGCACAACCAACAAACCAAAAGGAGUCCUACUGCCACAAGCUGUCUUGACAGCCCAGUCUCGCUCUCUUACUGAAGCAUGGAAUUACUCACCCUCUGAUCAUCUCCUCCAUGUUCUUCCACUUCAUCACAUCCACGGCACGGUGAAUGCCAUUCUCACGCCUCUCCUCGCCGGCUCGGCAAUUGAGUUCAUGUUCCCCUUCAACGCCGAUGCCGUCUGGAAACGCUUCUCAUUACCCUUCCUAUCCAACGAGGCAUCAACGCCAAAAGAGAAAAUCACCUUUUUCACAGUCGUACCCACCGUGUACAGCAAGCUUCUAUCAUCUCACAAGAGUCUCCCUCCUGAUAUGCAAGAAGCUUCUCGCAAGGCCAUUUCUCCGGAGAACAUGCGCCUUUCGAUCUCCGGAUCUGCUGCUCUCCCAACCCCUGUCAAAACUGCUUGGAAGGAUCUCAGCCACGGCAACGUCCUCCUCGAGCGUUAUGGCAUGACCGAGGUUGGUAUGGCACUGAGCUGUGGACUUGAUUUCUCCGAUCGUGUAGACGCCAGCGUUGGCUGGCCAUUGCCAUCUGUCGAAGCCCGUCUGGUCGAUGUCGACACUAAUGAGGUUAUCAAAGAGGGAGAAGAGGUUGAUGCGCAGGGUCGCGAGCGCUCUGGAGAAAUCCAACUUCGUGGACCGACCAUCUUCCGCGAGUAUUGGCGUAACCCGUCAGCGACGGCGAGCGAAUUCGUCGAAGGUGAAGACGGUAAGGGGAAGUGGUUCAAGACGGGCGACGUUGCAGUCCGUCGACCAGUCCCCUCGGCCAAUGCAGCCCAAUCCUGGACCCAUGGUCCCCUUUACUUCAUCCAAGGCCGCAAAUCCGCCGAUAUCAUCAAGACAGGCGGCGAAAAGGUGAGCGCUCUAGAGGUCGAGCGCGAACUCUUGUCCUUGCCUCAAGUCUCUGAGGCAGCCGUCGUGGCUGUGCCCAGCGGACAAUGGGGCCACAAGGUCGGCGCUGUACUGGUUCUAGAUACGGACAUUGUUAAGAAGUGGUCUGCGCUCGAUAUGCGCCGAGCUCUCAAGGGGCGUCUUGCAAACUACAAGAUUCCGCAAGUGAUGAAGCUUGUUGAUCAAAUCCCACGAAAUGCUAUGGGCAAGAUCAACAAGAAACAGUUGGUCAAGGCCAUCUUUCCUGACGACAUAAGCAGCGGCGAAAGCUAG